GUGCAAUAGCAGUCGAUCGUCGACUUUCGACGUAUAACGUGAAGUUUUGUGUGUGAUAUCAACUUUGUUAUUAACAGCACGAUAAAUAAAUUAUUCAAGAAAUUUACUAAUUUUUCGGUGAUACACAUAAUCAACAUGAUAUAUAUAAUCGCUUUGUCGAUAAUAGUAGGAGCUCUAAGCAUUUAUUAUUUCCUCUUCAAGAAUUUAAAUCAUUUUAAAAAACAUGGCAUACCAUACAAGCCACCUAUUCCUUUAUUGGGAAAUAUGGGACCAUGGAUCUUGCGUCUUCAGUCGCUAACCGAACUCGUCAAGGACAUAUAUUAUCUACAUCCCGAAGCCAAGUACAUUGGUAUGUUUGAUAUGAAUCUUCCAGUUGUAAUGCUUCGCGAUCCCGAGCUUAUUAAAUCCAUCACGUUAAAAAACUUCGAGAUAUUUCCGGAUCAUCGCACUUCCAUAAAUGAAAAUCAAGAUCCAUUAUUUGGAAAAAAUCUUUUCUCCCUUCGCGGAGAUAAAUGGCGGCAGGUACGAACUUUAUUGACCCCAGCCUUUACAUCCAGCAAAAUGAAAACCAUGUUUAAGCUAAUGACGGAGUGUGGGGUCGAUUUCGGUAAUUACUUGGUGCAAUUACCACCGGAGCAGAGAAUAAUGGAGAUGAAAGACGUCUUUGCGAGAUAUACUAACGAUGUGAUUGCUACUUGCGUUUUUGGCAUUAGUGUUGAUUCUAUGAAAAACCCGGAGAAU